AUCUAUGUGUAAUUGUUUAUACAUAGAAGCAAGACUAGAAUGUGUUGUGAUGCUAUUUGCAAGUCCUUGAAAAAUGUACACUAAAAGUUUCUUCCUCUGCCAAAUACUAAUCCUCUGUUCUUAUUGUGUACUCAGUCAUUCUCUGGGCCCUGGAAGCUUCCUUGCUGUGCUAGAUGUAGAUGGUCAAGAACUCCGAGCCACGGGCAAGUACUACAUGUUACCUGCCUCCAAUAGCAGAGGUGGUGGUGCUGGUGGUGGCCUUGCCCUUUCAUCGCGGGACGGGUCAUGCCCUCAUUAUGUGAUGCAAGAAGGCCAUGCACAAUCCAAUGGUCACCCUGUGAGACUUUUACCAGUGGAUAAACUUGAUAGAAAUAUAAGCCUGUCUAGUGAUGUGAACAUUGUGUUUCAUGCUGCAACAAUUUGUGUGCAAGCAACGGGUUGGAAAAUGGGAGGGGUGGAUCAGAUAACAGGACGGAGAUAUCUGAAGACCGGGGCACUGAUAGGGCGCCCAGGGGCGAGUACUGUGAGUAACUGGUUCAAGGUUGAAAAGAAUAAGUAUGGUGAUGGUUAUAAGAUAGUUUUUUGUCCAAGUGUUUGUAGCUUGUGUAAGGUUGUUUGUGGGAAUGUUGGGGUGUUCGUCGAAAAUGGGAAGAAAUGGCUUGGCCUAAGCGAUGGCCUCCCCCUUAUCGUUAAUUUUAAAGAACAUUGAUUUGAUUAUUGAGUUCUUGUUUUUACCUCAUUGUAAGAAUAAGGUUGUUAAGAAUGUGUUUUCUUGCAA